UGCAAUUUUCCCCAUGUCUGUGCACGAGAGGAAUUGGGGAAAAACUCCGUUGGGGGAGGUGUCCUGUCUUAUUUUAUCUUCCUGCUUCUUUCCUUCCAAAUCUCUUUCCCUCCUCUGGUAUCCCUGAAGGACUAGGCAUGGCCCCUUGACUUCCCGGAGCCUCACAGCCCCCUCCCUGGGCAGCGUGACUGCCCUGAUCCGAGUUCCUGGACAGCCACCGCCUGCUUGUUCCCUCGUUCCUCCAUGGACCCAAGGAGAAAGGUAGACCUGAAGCUCAUCAUUAUUGGAGCCUUAGGAGUGGGAAAGACCUCCCUCCUGAAUCAGUAUGUACACAAGACUUUCUACGAGGAUUAUCAGACCACCCUGGGGGCCAGCAUCCUCUCCAAAGUCAUCAUGGUAGACAACACAACCUUGAAGUUACAGAUAUGGGACACAGGAGGUCAGGAACGAUUCCGCUCCAUGGUAUCCACGUUCUACAAGGGCUCAGAUGGCUGCAUCCUGGCCUUCGAUGUCACUGACCGAGACUCUUUCCAUGCCCUGGACACCUGGAGGGGGGACAUUCUCCAGAAAACAGUGCCCACGGAGCAAGUUUUCUCCAUGGUGGUACUGGGGAAUAAGAUUGACCUGGAUGACCGAGAGGUGUCCCAGGAGAAAGCCCUAGACUGGUGCAAAGAGAAGGACAUACCCUACUUCGAAGUCAGUGCUAAGAAUGACAUCAACGUGGAGCAAGCAUUUGAACUGCUGGCCAGACAAGCACUGUCCCGGCAUCGAGGGAUUUUAGAGAACUACUCAACUGAUUCUAUCAAGCUUUCACCAGCGGGUGAGCCAAGGAAUAAAUGCUGCUGAUGAUGGAGACAGAGGCCACCCUAGGAAGGGGCUGCUGAUUGUUCAGGACUGGGAUUGGGUAAAAAGUUGGGUAUCCUCUGCCCCUAUACUCCAUAACCUCUGUCCCAGGCUUCUUCGAUCUGGUGACAAAAGGAGAAUUUUGAUGAGCCGGAAGGACAAGCAAUGCAUUGUCACUGACUGAGAGCAGAAGAGCAGAGGAUCCUGCUGGACCUAUGAUAAACAUUUUUUCCUGCUGCAAGGCAACAGAAGGGUGAAACAUUUUUGGAAUCAUGAAGUUCUCGAGCUGGAAGAGGCAUUCAGUGUCAUAGCUCUAGAGCUCAAACAGGAUUCAGAUGCCUUGUAAAUCCAGCCCCCUCAUUUUACAAAUGAGGAAACUGAGCAUUUAUAUAAAGAGGUUAAGUGACUUAGCUAAUGUCACACAGGUAGUAAGCUUUAAACGUGUGAUUUGAAUCCAGGUCUUCUGACUCUUCACUGUUCCACACUGUUUCAAAUCCUCUGUUUUACAGAGAAGGAAACUAAGAUAAGGAAGGGAAGUGUUUGCCUGUGAUCAUAUGGCCAAAACUAGAAACCGAGUCUAUAAGAUUUCCAGUCUUUUCUUCAUCUCAAAUCUUUCCUUCUGUCAAAUUCCUGUUGAGAACUCUGUGGUAGUAUGGGAUUGUGGUUAGAGCACUGGAAUUUGAGUCAGGAAAAUAUGGGUUCAAAUCCUGUAUGACUGUGGGCAAGUCAUUUACCCU